AGCAGCCUCAGUUGCCGCUCCUCUUCUUGGCGGCCGCGGCGCUGUGGGGUCUGUCGCGCCGGUUACAGGAGCAGGGGAGGGGAGGACAGGGGAGCAGGCAAGUGGUGGAGCGCGGCGCUCCCCCUUGGCGGUCGCCCCUCCGUCCUCCUUGGCCAGCUGCUCGGCGGGCGCCGCUGGACUGACACGAUGGUGCCCUUGGCUCCAGGCGAGUCCCCGCACCAGCUGCUGGGCCGGCUGCGCUUCCUGAGCGAGGCGAUCGGGUGUUUGAGCCGGGCCGAGCCGCUGCCCGCCGCUUUGUGUUACGUGCCCCGCGAGGUGCAGUACAAGAUCUGCAAGGAUCCCAGCGGGCCCGCCUCAGCCUCAGGCCGGAGCCUGCUGUCGGUGUGGGAGAGCCCGAGCAAGGGCGGCAGCUCCGGUUCCGGCGGCAGGAAGGGCCCAGGCAGGGGCACCAUCGAGUUGCGCAAGGGAUCGUGCAUCCGAGCCAGCGGCGAGGAAUAUUGUAACGGGCACGGGCUUUGGGUGAAGCUUACCAGGGAACAGCUUGAGGAAUACCAGACUGGCUGUGACCUGGAGGAAGGCUGGGUACUCAUGUGUAAGCAUGCGGACAGUGGGGACAGGCUGGUACCAGUGGAAUCAACAGAGAGAAUCCAGAGGCAGCAGCAACUCUUUGGGAUGGACUUUAAGCCUGUGAUCAGGUGGGAGCAGGUGGUGGAUUUAACAUAUUCCCUGCAUCUUGGUGCAAAGCCAAAGAUUAUGGAGCCAGAUGUAGCUGCAGUAGAGAGACUCCGCUUUGUACCCCACACAUGGAGCUAUGAAUGUGACGAAGACUUGGUGCAUUUCCUUUAUGACCACGUUGGCAAAGAGGAUGAGAAUCUGGGCAGCAUCAAGCAAUAUGUGGACAGCAUUGAUGUCUCCUCCUACACGGAGGAAUUCAAUGUUUCAUGCCUGACGGACAACCAUGCAGAUACCUACUGGGAGAGUGAUGGGUCACAGGGCCAGCACUGGGUCCGCCUCAACAUGAAGAAAGGAACCAUUAUCAAGAAGCUGUUCCUGACUGUGGACACAACAGAUGAGAAUUUCAUGCCGAAGAGGGUGACUGUGUAUGGUGGUGAAGGAGAUAAUCUGAAGAAACUGAGUGACGUGGGCAUUGAUGAGACCUACAUCGGGGAUGUGUGUGUGCUGGAAGACAUGACUGCUCAUUUGCCUGUGAUUGAAAUCCGCAUUGUGGAAUGCCGAGAUGAUGGGAUUGAUGUCCGGCUCCGGGGCAUAAAGAUUAAAUCUUCUCGGCAACGGGAACUGGGGCUCAAUGCAGACAUGUUUCAGCCAGCCAACCUAGUGAGGUAUCCUCGCCUUGAGGGGAGGGAUCCUGAUGUGCUCUACCGGCGGGCCUUGAUCAUCCAAAGGUUUAUCAAGAUCUUGGACAGUGUUCUUCACCACCUUGUUCCAGCAUGGGACUACACACUUGGCACCUUCAGUGAGCUCAAGCAAAUCAAGCAGUUCCUGCUACUGUCCAAGCGGCGUAUGGUACUAAUCACCCAGUGCCUCAAAGACUCUGAGACAAGCAAACCGAACUUCAGGCCACGGCUCUACAUCAACCGGCGCCUGGCCAUGGAGCAUCGUGACAACCCAGCACUUGAUCCUAGCUGUAAAAACACUGUUUUCACCCAGGUGUAUGAAGGCCUGAAACCUUCCGACAAGUAUGAGAAACCCCUGGAUUAUAGGUGGCCACUGCGUUAUGACCAGUGGUGGGAGUGCAAAUUCAUUGCUGAGGGCAUCAUUGAUCAGGGUGGUGGUUUCCGGGAUAGCAUUGCUGAUAUGUCUGAAGAGUUGUGCCCUAGUUCAGCCGAGACCCCUGUACCGCUGCCUUUUUUUGUUCGCACAUCCAACCAGGGCAGUAGUACUGGAGAGGCUCGGGACAUGUAUGUCCCCAACCCAUCCUGCAAGGAGUUCACCAAAUACGAGUGGAUUGGACAGAUCAUGGGUGCAGCUCUACGUGGCAUGGAGUUCCUUGUCCUGGCCCUACCUGGCUUUGUCUGGAAGCAAUUGACUGGGGAGAAUGUGAGUUGGAGUAAGGAUUUCCCUGCUGUUGACUCUGUGCUGGUGAAGCUUCUGGAAAUGAUGGAAGUAAUGGACAAAGAGACAUUUGACUUCAAGUUUGGGAAUGAGCUGACCUACACCACAGUGUUAAGUGACCAGCGCAUGGUGGAACUUAUCCCUGGUGGCAGCCACACUGUGGUGCGCUACGAAGACCGCCUGGAUUUCAUCCACCUGGUGCAGAAGGCACGGCUAAAUGAGAGCAAGGAGCAGAUUGCAGCCAUGCAAGCUGGACUUCUUAAGGUAGUGCCUCAGGCUGUACUGGACCUACUCACUUGGCAGGAACUGGAGAAGAAGGUUUGUGGUGACCCAGAAGUUACCGUUGAGGCCCUGAAGAAGCUCACUCGCUUUGAAGAUUUUGAACCCUCAGACACCAGAAUUCAGUACUUCUGGGAGGCCUUGAACAAUUUCACUAAUGAGGAUCGCAGUCGCUUCCUGAGGUUUGUGACUGGAAGAAGCCGACUUCCUGCUCGAAUUUAUAUAUAUCCUGACAAAUUAGGCUCUGAGACCACUGAUGCGCUUCCUGAAUCAUCCACCUGCUCUAGCACACUCUUUUUGCCCAACUAUGCCUCUGCCAAGGUCUGUGAGGAAAAGUUGCGUUAUGCAGCUUAUAACUGCGUGGCCAUCGACACAGAUAUGAGCCCAUGGGAGGAGUGACACUACGCUGGGAUUUUGCCAAACAGAUCUUUUGUAGUUGCUACAUGGAAGAAUUUCUUACUCUCAUUCUACCUUGCUUCUGGCUCCAGGAAGCGCAUGUGUGUGUGUAUAUAUAUAAAUACAUAUAAUAAAUUCCCAAUUGUGAAGACAGAAUUCUAUUAAUAAGCAGGUACAGAUGUAAAAACUUGGGGUUGGAUAGGGCCAAAAAAUAAGAUCUUUAUGGUAGAAAGAAACAGCUGUUUAAUUUUGAAACAUUGUGAGAUUGGCCAGUUAGAUACAUAAUUCCAGAAUCUGAUAAUACUAGCUUAUUUUUCUCUGAAAAAGUGUCUAACAAAAACAUGCUGACUGUCGUAUUUUACUACAACUUUGCUGGUAAUUGCAUUUUGACAGACAUAUUUUCUGCAACUGUGA